AACGAGAAGGCAGAACUUCAUAUUAAACAAAUUGAGCUUCAAUUCAUUAUAGAUAGGUUGAUUUCCAAUAAUAAAGUACACGACCAUAUUGAAGAGCAAAAGUUAGAUCUUAUUUCAAAACGAUCAAAGCGAGCAUUGGAUCGUGGUUCUGAAAAUAAUGAAAAGGCUGAUACAAAUGAAAUGAUCCAUUUGUGA